GGGAAAAUUUGAGAAAGACUGAAUGGCGCCAUUUAAUUACCUCAGGAUAAGCUAUAAACAAUACUGGCGUCUGAAAAGGAGUCUGACAAAGAGAAAGAGAUGUCGAGAUCUUCACGACUACAGCUUCUUGCCACCGAUUCUCAGCAGGCGUUAGAUCCUCCGGACUCGCUUUCGCUUCCUUCAGAACCUCCUGAUAUCGGAAAGUGGUUUUCGAGCUACAUAUACGAGUCGCCAGAGUUGAAUACUUUGGAUGGUUUUGGAGAUUGUAAUGGGUCUGGAGAAAUUUGUCUUGACGAGGAAAAGGAAGGGAAAUUUGGAGAAAACUUACAUGUGGACAUAUCUGAUGAUGGUUGGCUUUCUCCAGGGAAGGAAUCAUCAGAUGGGAUUGCCAAGUAUGAUGAAUCUGUCAGGUCUGCUGCCAUGGUUACUGGAUCAUCAGGGUCCCUUUCGUUUUGUUCAGAGCCUCCUGACAUUAAGAACUGGUUCUCGAGCUAUUUACAUGAGUCACCACCCUUAGAUACUAUAGAUGAUUUUACAAUUUCUGAUUGUGAAGAUGGAAAGUUAUCUACUACUCAAAAGAGCUGUAAAAAAGAUACAAAGGAUGUGAUGAACUUCAUUCAUGUUGAAGAAAGUAGAGAAUUGCUCAGUCAUAACAGAAAAUCAGAUGUGGUUAUUGAAUGCACGAACUUGGUAAAAUGUACAAACUUGAACGAUCAAUCAGUCUGCAAGGAUAGCCAUGAUGUUCAUCUGAAGCGAUUAUCAUGUACACCGAGUCUGUUGACAUCUAAAAUGGAAACAGGGAAUCAUGAUCAUGAUUUUGGUGGAAAAUUUGGAAAUGAAGAUACAUAUGGUAAAACUUAUCACUUGAAGUUGGAUUGCAGUUUGAUUGACAACACAAGUCCCAAAUUAUUGAAUAUGGAGAAUAAUACAGGAAGUCAGGUUGGAAAAUCUCUUCAUAAGUCGGUUGGAACCAAGAGUUGUGUUAAAGAUAGCCUAGUAAAGAAAGAACUCCAUGAAAUUGUAUCGGCUGGGGCCUUAGAUUCGAGUGAACCUAAACGCGAUUCCUGGAGAAGGCCUACCGACAAAGAGACUAACUUACUAGGGAAUGAUUUCAUUUCUACAAGGAAGAACAGUAGUCAAACGAAUACUGGGAAUGUAACGAGGCAUGUCCUAGUUCAAACUGGAUCCCUUAGAAAUGAAGUAAAACCUGCAGUGAUCCUUGAGAAGGAUGCUAAGACGAGCAGGAAGGUUUUAUCUGACACAUCUAACCUUCAUUCCCCAAUUGUUCUUGAAAGUACUGGAAAGUGGUGUUGUCCUCAGAAGAAUAAACCGAGUCUUGGUCCUCCUCUAAAGCAGCUUCGGUUAGAGCAGUGGGUGCGUCGAGUGUAAACUCUUAUUUAUGAAACAGAUAUCUGUGUGUAGAAGUGUUUUUCUGUUUGAUAUUUCUGAAUACAUGCAAGAGGCUUUCUUAAAUUAGGCCAACGGGCCUUGUAUUUGAGAAGGUGAUGACAUUGUCAACUGCACCAAAAAGAUCCUACAGUUGAUUUCUAUGAAUGCAUGAAUCUUGUCCAAGUGUUUACAGAAUCGGUAGAAUUGUGGGAAAUAUGAAUA